UUGCCGACCCAAGUCACUUAACGUUGCAUCCACAAGCUAAGUGUAGCUAGGAUGCUAAAUAGACAGGCUGCCGGCUAACGGUUACUUUGUUAACGUUGCUAGUGCGAACUAGCUGUGGCUAGCAACCAAACUGCUUUACUUUUCUUACUUACUUGUAAUUAAUUAGACGGCCACAUAUUUAACAACCAGUUAAGUGUCUAUGUUUGCAGAUUACAUGAAUAGAACUGAAUGAGUGCUCAGUCGUCAUCAAAGUUGCACAGAGCCACACCACUUAAGUAGGUGGUUUAGUUUUGUUUAUUUGUUGUGUGGUAAGCAUAACCUCCUGCUAACUUAAGUUUACUUUCAGCGUGACAACUGAAGAAACAUGACCUCCAUUAUCAAACUGACAGCCAUAUCAGGGGUGCAGGAGGAGUCGGCCCUCUGUUACCUGCUGCAGGUGGAUGAAUUCCGCUUCCUCCUGGACUGUGGCUGGGAUGAAAGCUUCUCAAUGGACAUCAUCGAUGCUAUGAAACGAUAUGUUCAUCAGGUCGAUGCCGUGCUCCUCUCCCACCCUGACCCCAUACAUCUGGGAGCCCUGCCAUACGCUGUGGGGAAACUGGGUCUAAACUGCACCAUCUAUGCUACAAUCCCUGUCUACAAGAUGGGUCAGAUGUUCAUGUAUGAUCUAUAUCAGUCUCGAAACAACAGUGAAGACUUCACACUGUUCACCCUCGAUGAUGUGGACUGUGCUUUUGAUAAAAUCCAGCAGCUGAAAUACUCUCAGAUUGUCAAUCUGAAAGGGAAAGGACAUGGGCUUUCCAUCACUCCACUUCCAGCCGGACACAUGAUUGGAGGCACUAUUUGGAAAAUUGUGAAGGAUGGCGAGGAGGAGAUUGUUUAUGCCGUUGACUUCAACCACAAGAGAGAAAUACACCUCAACGGCUGCACGUUGGAGAGCAUUAGUCGUCCGUCUUUACUUAUCACAGACUCCUUCAACGCUACAUAUGUGCAGCCACGUCGCAAACAGAGGGAUGAGCUGCUCCUUACCAAUGUAAUGGAGACCCUUCGUGGUGACGGAAAUGUCCUUAUUGCCGUGGACACAGCUGGGCGUGUGUUGGAGCUGGCUCAGCUCUUGGACCAGAUUUGGAGGACAAAAGACGCUGGACUGGGAGCCUACCCCCUCGCUCUGCUGAACAAUGUCAGCUAUAACGUGGUGGAGUUCUCAAAGUCCCAGGUGGAGUGGAUGAGUGACAAGCUCAUGAGGUGCUUUGAAGACAAGAGGAACAACCCCUUCCAGUUCCGCCACUUGACCCUGUGCCACAGUCUGGCAGACCUGGCGCGGGUGCCCAGUCCCAAAGUGGUGCUUUGCAGCCAACCAGACCUCGAGUCUGGCUUUUCCAGAGAACUCUUCAUCCAGUGGUGCCAAGACGCCAAAAACUCUGUCAUCCUGACGUACCGCACUACACCUGGAACUCUGGCCCGCUACCUCAUUGACAAUCCUGGAGAGAAGAUGUUGGAUCUGGAGGUGAGGAAAAGAGUGAAGCUCGAGGGCAAGGAGCUGGAGGAAUACCUUGAAAAGGACAGAGUGAAGAAAGAAGCAGCUAAAAAACUGGAACAAGCAAAAGAGGUGGAUGUUGACUCGAGUGACGAGAGCGAUAUGGACGAUGAUCUGGAUCAGCCCGUUCCAGUGAAAACAAAACACCAUGACCUGAUGAUGAAGAGCGAGGGGAGCCGCAAAGGCAGCUUCUUCAAACAGGCCAAAAAGUCUUAUCCGAUGUUCCCCACACACGAGGAGAGAAUCAAAUGGGACGAGUAUGGGGAAAUCAUCAGACUAGAAGACUUCCUGGUUCCUGAGCUGCAAGCCACAGAGGAGGAGAAAAGCAAACUGGAAUCCGGGUUGACCAACGGCGAUGAGCCCAUGGACCAGGAUCUCUCUGUGGUUCCCACCAAAUGCAUCUCCAGUGUAGAAAAUCUUGAAAUCAGAGCGAGGAUAAUGUACAUAGACUACGAAGGUCGCUCUGAUGGCGACUCCAUCAAGAAGAUCAUUAAUCAGAUGAAGCCCAGGCAGUUGGUGAUCGUUCGUGGGCCGGCGGAAGCCAGUCUGGACCUGGCUGAGUCCUGCAAGGCUUUCAGCAAGGACAUCAAGGUCUACACGCCCAAACUGCAGGAGACCAUCGACGCCACCAGUGAAACGCACAUCUACCAGGUGCGGUUGAAAGACUCCCUGGUGAGCUCCCUGCAGUUCUGCAAGGCCAAAGACACCGAGCUGGCCUGGAUCGAUGGCGUGCUGGACAUGCGCGUGGUGAAGGUGGACACGGGCGUGAUGCUGGAGGAGGGUGUGAAAGAGGAGACGGAGGACGGCGAGCUGGCCAUGGAUGUCGCCCCCGAGCUCGACAUCGACCAAAACGCCACGGCGGUGGCAGCACAGCGAGCCAUUAAGAACCUGUUUGGGGAGGACGAGAAGGAGGUGUCUGAGGAGAGCGACGUCAUUCCCACGCUGGAGCCACUGCCUCCACAGGAGAUUUCUGGACAUCAGUCGGUGUUCAUCAACGAGCCUCGCCUCUCCGACUUUAAGCAGGUCCUGCUGAGAGAGGGCAUCCAGGCCGAGUUUGUGGGAGGCGUGCUGGUAUGCAACAACAUGGUGGCCGUCCGCAGGACGGAGGCCGGGCGCAUUGGCCUGGAAGGCUGCCUGUGUGACGACUACUAUAAGAUCCGGGAGCUGCUGUAUCAGCAGUACGCCGUGGUAUAGCAGCAGCAGCAGCAGCAGGAGGAGGAGGAGGAGGAGGAGGAGGAGGAGGACGACACACUGCAGAAGAGCAUACAGCGGCAAUACAGAGACGAUCCUUCACAAGGACUUUACCCAGAGGACAAGGGUGUACCACACUCUGCCUCAUGGGCAGCUCCAGCUGUUUCCCUGCAAACCCAGUUGUACAUUUUCCCUUUUUAUAGUAGUUUUUUUCCAGAUGAUGAAUUUUUUUUUUAUGAUUGUUAGUUUACCUCCACAAAGCGAGAGGCUGAUGCUUUCCCUGGACUGACCUCUCUGUGUGUGUGUGUGUGUGUGUGUAUGUGUGUGAAGAGAUACUACAACUCCUCCCUCUGUACAGUAACAUCCUGAUGCACUGGAUGGACUAAAGGAUGCGUUUCCCCCUCCUAUUCUGUCAUUAAAUCCUUUUUUUUUUUUUUUUUUUUUUUCAAAUAUGCUUUGUCUCAGAUGUCAACAGUUAGGGCUGGGUAAUAAACCUCAUUACUUUUUUGAGUAAAAUGGGAAAGAAUCAAAAGUUGGCACAAUUCUUGAGCUCUGUCCUCUUCACUUAUUCUUGAGACCACUAGGUAGCAGAUAUAUUUCACACUUGAGUCCAGAUCAAAUAUCACAGGAUAGAUAUACUAUACUAUAGGUAGACUAUUCCACUCCAACAGUAAAGCCUUAGUGUAAUACUCUGUAGUACUUUGAACAUAUAUUCAGGUUAACAGGAAUUUUUGGUUAUUUUAGACAGAAUUUAUCGAAAAUACGUUCUUGUGUGGCCGGUCGUGCCACAUUAAGAGGGUGCUCCUGUGUUUUUGUUAUUGCACUUCCAUGAAAUGAAGGGCCCGGUGAGAGACCGACCAGAAGCAGAGGCCCGGGUAUCCUGAGUUUGAGCUACUACUGUCUGAUAAACGCCCAAAACUCCAGCUUGUAACGCAGGAUACUUUCUCUGAUUUGAUGUCUCGCAACCAAACCAAACUAACUGAUGACAUCAUCAGUCAUUUUCUCAAAAUUUUCACAAAUUUCCAAUGACAAGUAAACUGAUGUUCAUGUGUAAAAUUGGUGUAUUUUGCUCAAUUUAAAAGUGAAUAUUCCUCAAACUAAUCUAUUGAAAAGUAUCAUUUUCGAUGCAGAAACUGUACCCAAAUGAUCCCCUGCUCUGUCCUUAUUUUUUAUUUUUUUUGCAUGCGCUGCAUCUAUCAACACACACAUGUCCUGCCUGCUAGUUCAACUAGUUAGCGCUGCAACACCAGAUGGAGACAUUUUUCAGCUGCAUCUAACCGGCCCCUGAAUACCCAUAUCAAAUCUGCCCAUGCGGCAGGACCAUCUGUAAUACAGUGGAGAGAUGACAUGGUCCCUGAAGAGAUAACUGGGAUUGAAUAUAAUUCAGCCUACUAGCAAUAAAUAAAUAAAUAAACCCCCCUGGCUGUUCAUGACAGGGUAAAAAAAUAAAUAAUGAAAUGGUUCAGCAGUUUGUUUUCUUAUCUUUCUCAGACACACAUGGAUGUACAGCCUCACCUCUGCUGUGCUCCAGUGAGGUCUAACCAGCGUAUUGGAAAGUCGGGGCGAUAAGAAGGCAUGUUGCUGCUGUUGAGGAUGGAGGGGAAGGCAGGGUGUCACUGCCGGAGAGAUGUGUCCGCUGCACCCGCGGUGGCACAUUGACUUGGUUGAUUACGUUUGUAGCGCUGUGUGAAUCCCGGGGGAAGAUCCUUAAUACGGGCAGCUGUGGAACGCCACUUUUACGGAUAUACCAUCCCCCCCCCCCCCAUCAUCCUCCAACAACUCUUCAUCAUCCAGAACUCUCCCAACAUCACAUGUGCAGCAUAGUGGUGGAGACUCCUCCUACACUGAUAGCCUGUUAAGCAAUCACUGUGGGGCGCACGCACAUAAGUAGGGCAGUGAAAGCAGUGUGUGUGUGUGUGGGGGGUGAUCAUGCACAUGGUUGGAGGAGUUACACUUGAGCACUGAUGGCUGGCUGACGUGCAGGCCUGUUCUUACACAGUUGCAUAACAUACAGUUUUGCACUUUAGAAACAUUAAAAUUUAAAUGCUCUUUUUUUAAUCCGUGGCUCACACAGACAUAGACACACACACACACACACA